AUGGCAAGUGGAAGUUCGGCGUCGAUUGGUAUAAUUGAUUUGAUUCUUUCUGAACACAAAUACAUGCGCGAUGAAUAUGAACAUUUCAAAAGUGUUGAUGAUGAAGCUCAACUCGAUUCACGUGUCCGAAAAUGGAUCGCCUAUAUUUCAUUGCACGGUCAUAAAGAAGAAAUCGCCUUUUAUCCCAACGUUGAAGCUCAUUUGAAAGAUGAGAAGAAAGGUGGACAUCAUCUGAUCGAGCACGGCAUCAAAGAACAUCGAGAAUUAGAAACAGAAUUGAAGAAAUUAUCCGAAGAAUCGAAUGUCACAUGGAAACAAAUUCGAAAAGCAGUCGCGAAGCUUAUGCAUCAUCUAGAUGAAGAAGAGGCCGAUAUUCUCGCACCACUGCGCACAAAACUCGAUCAACAAGUUCAAUUAGAACUUGCCAGACAGUUUAUUCAUGCCGGUCAAUUAGCAUCGGAGAAACCUCAUCCUGAACUUUCAAAAGAUCCAGAACGGGCUCCAGUUGAAAACAUCAAUGUCGGUGUUGUUGAAAAGCAGUAA